AUGCUGGUUCGAACAUGGAUGUUGCUCAAUAGGCCAAAGGGGCCGCAGGGAUUACGUCCUGGAAAAGAGUACCGCUUAACUGUCCCAUACAGAAGUGAGGUGACAAUGCUUCGCCUUGCAAAUCAUAAGGCUAUUAACUCUAAUAUACGUGAACUUUUCAAAAAACCACUGGUGAUGAAUAAUAUUAAAGCCAUUCCCCGCGAUUUGGGAGAAAUUCCGCGCGACUACGUCCUCCGGCUGCUUUUCUUUCAUCAGCCCAUACGACUCGUGGACUUGUGGACGAUUUGUAAGGAGCACGAUGACGUUCCACUGGAUUCGGCGAAACAUCUGCGAUUAGUAUUAAAAAUAGCCAAACUUCAACGGUGGGUGUACGCGGAAAAGAAUCAAACGAACAACCUUUACUACUACUACGUGCAUCAGAGUAGAAUACAAGAGGUACAGCAAAUGGUUCGAGCCAGUGAGGUACGAAAGAAAGAACAAGAAAGUUUACGGGAAAUUGAAGCUGAAAAAUUGCGUAUGGAAGAGCAAGAACGUCGUAAGGUGGCACUUGACGAGAAUAUUGUAGCAUUGCAAAAUGCGCUCGUUUCAAAUAUUGCACAAAUUCAGGAGUUUGACCCGGGGUUUGCACGAUCGAAACCAUAUGUAACGGAAAGUGGUGCAGUGAAUGUAGGGUGGGGGUUGAAUGAUGGAGGUAGCGCUGCAUGCAGUAGCGAUUUGGAUGGGCAGCAAGUGGCAUAG